CUCAAUCAGGAAGUGAAAAAAACAAGCCCACUUGAAAAAAAAAACAUAUUAAAACCCCCCGGUUUGUGCGAUAAUAACACAAUUGUCACUAAGGGCUCAGUUGAAGGUCACCAGACGAGGAAAACGCUUCGUAUUCUCGGGAUGGCGUCUCUGACUCUGUGCUAGGGGGUCCAGUGCGGUGUGGCCAUGUUGUGUGAAGCCUGUGCCUGAGCCCCCCCCCCCCACGCUCUGUGCCUCCCCCCCCCCCCCACCCCCCUUCCCCGCUCCGCGUCUCCUGCCAUGGACGAGGAGACCUACCUGCACCCCGAUGGUCCGCAGCUGGACGGCGGCCCCUACAGGCCGCCCGCCUCGCCUCUCCUGCACUCUGCACUGGAGGACCAGAUGUUCCCCUGCAGCUCCUGGGAUGUGGCACAGCCGUCAGCCUACGAAUUCCACUACUCUAUGCAACCCACACACCAGCAGUACCACUCGAAUGCCCCGGCAGCCGCGCGCGCAGAGGCCUUCAGCACCUCGCUCUUCCCUGAGGCCAGCGAGUCUUCAGGCCUCGGGUUCGCCCAGAACAUCGACUUUCCUCAGGAUUUCUCCAUCGGUGACCUCUCCAACAACUCCCUGUUCUCCUCUCCGCCCGACUCCCUGUCGGAGUACGCCGACGCUCAAAGCUUCGACAGCCUGACGCAAUUGCCCACCAUCUGGGACGUGAGCACCCCCACGCAGGGCCAGCAAGAGCAGAACCCCAGCCGUUUUCAGGGUCUCGGCUCAUUGGAGGAAAUCGCCGCCAUCAUCAGCAACCCCCCCCUGGGAGCACUCCAGAUUCCUUCGGCUCCGCUGCGUCAGCCAGAGGAAGAGGAGGAUGCUGACGAGGAAGAGUCAGAGGAGCUCGGACACGCUGACACAUACGCCGAGUACAAACCAUCCAAAUCCACCAUCGGAAUCUCUCACCCGGAUAUCGUUGUGGAAACCAACACCCUCUCCAGUGUUCCACCGCCUGACAUCACCUACACUCUGUCCAUCCCCGCGGCAACCAUCAACCAUGGCCUGCUGUCAGCCCUGCAGCUGGAAGUCAUUGUUUAUGCCUGCCAGCAACACCAGGUGAUCCUGAAGAACGGGCAGAGGGCGGGAUUCCUCAUCGGAGACGGAGCGGGGGUGGGGAAGGGCCGCACGGUUGCCGGGGUGAUCUUGGAGAACUUCCUGAAGGGUCGGAGGAAAGCGCUGUGGUUCAGCGUGUCCAACGACCUGAAGUACGAUGCGGAGCGAGACCUGAGAGACAUCGACGCGCCCAACCUCCCUGUCCACGCCUUAAACAAGAUUAAGUACGGUGACACCACUACCUCGGAGGGCGUGCUCUUCGCCACAUACUCCGCCCUGAUUGGAGAGAGCCAGGCGGGCGGGCAGCACCGGACGCGGCUGAAGCAGAUCCUGGACUGGUGCCGGCCCGGGUUCGACGGCGUCAUUGUGUUCGACGAAUGCCACAAAGCCAAAAAUGCCACAUCCACCAAGAUGGGCAAAGCUGUCCUGGACCUUCAGAACAAGCUGCCCCUGGCCCGCGUUGUCUACGCAAGCGCCACAGGUGCCUCUGAGCCAAAGAACAUGAUCUACAUGAGUCGUCUGGGGAUCUGGGGCGAGGGCACCCCCUUCAGGAAGUUUGACGAGUUUCUGCACGCCAUCGAGAAGAGGGGCGUGGGCGCCAUGGAGAUCGUUGCCAUGGAUAUGAAGGUGAGCGGGAUGUACAUGGCGCGGCAGCUGAGCUUCUCGGGCGUGUCCUUCCGCAUCGAGGAGAUCGGGCUGGACGACGACUUCAAGCUGGUCUACAACAAGGCCGCCCGGCUGUGGGCGGAGGCGUUGGUGGUGUUCUCGCGGGCAGCGGGUGAGCUGGGGCUGCCCCUCUCCAGGAAGGCUCUGUGGGCCCAGUUCUGGUCCUCACACCAGCGCUUCUUCAAGUACCUGUGCAUCGCCGCCAAGGUGCGCCGCCUGGUGGAGCUAGCCCAGAGCGAGCUGCAGCAGGGCAAGUGCAUCGUGAUUGGCCUGCAGUCCACAGGAGAGGCUCGUACCCGAGAGGUCCUGGACGAGAACGACGGACACCUGGACCGCUUCGUCUCCGCCGCCGAGGGUGUUUUCCAGUCUCUGGUGCAGAAGCACUUCCCCUCAGAGAAGCAAAAAAGGGAGAAACCAACUGGAAACAAGAGGAAACGUAAGCCUCGGGGCAGGCAGCAGAAGCUGCCGCGGGCGUGUCAGGAGGUGGGGGGCGUGAUCAGCAUCAGCGAUGACAGCAGCUCUGACUCUGACGGGCUGGACAGCGACUCCAACUCCUCCCCCGAGUCCCUAUUGGACAACGAUGACGUCAUAUUCGUCAACCACACCAGCUCCCACACCGUGAAACUAGAAGAAAUGAAGCAGGGUCUACUGAACAAGAUUGCGGAGCUGGGAAAAGAACUACCUCUGAACACCCUGGAUGAGCUCAUAGACCGCUUCGGAGGUCCUGAGCAAGUCUCAGAGAUGACGGGGAGGAAGGGGCGAGUGGUGAGGCGAGACGGGGUGGUGCGGUACGAGUCCCGGGCGGAGCAGGGCUCCAUCGACCACGUCAACAUCCAGGAGAAGAGCCGCUUCAUGAAUGGGGACAAGCUGGUGGCCAUCAUCUCUGAGGCGGCGAGCUCGGGCAUCUCCCUGCAGGCCGACCGGCGCGUGCAGAACCAGCGCCGCCGGGUCCACGUCACCCUGGAGCUGCCCUGGAGCGCCGACAGGGCCAUACAGCAGUUCGGCCGGACGCACCGCUCCAACCAGGUCACAGCACCGGAGUACAUCUUCCUCAUCUCUGAGCUGGCGGGAGAGAGACGCUUCGCCUCCAUAGUGGCCAAACGGCUAGAGAGCCUGGGGGCUUUGACUCACGGGGACCGCAGAGCCACGGAGUCCCGAGACCUGAGCAAGUACAACUUUGAGAACAAGUAUGGCACCAAGGCUCUGGAUAAGAUCACUAAAUCUAUCCUGGGCUACAUCGAGAACAAGGUGCCUCCUCCCAAAGAUUAUCCCGGAGGCGAUGCCCUGUUCUUCAGCGAUAUGAAGCGUGGUCUGAUGGACGUGGGCAUCUUCUGCAGGGAGCCCCGCGCUGGGUUCAACACCGAGAAAGACUGCAGCAUGGCCAAGUUCCUGAACCGGAUUCUGGGGCUGGAGGUGCACAAGCAGAACUCUCUGUUCCAGUACUUCACCGACAACUUCCACUACCUGAUCGACAAAGACAAGAAGGAGGGCAAAUAUGACAUGGGCAUUCUGGACCUGGCACCAGGCAACGACGAAAUCCACGAGGAGACGCAGGAGAAGUUCCUGACCAAUGGAAACCCUCAGGAGGGUCAGGUGGUGUUGUACAAGAUCAGUGUGGAUCGGGGCAUGCCCUGGGAAGAGGCCUGGGGGAAAUGCCAGACGCUCACUGGUCCUGAUGAUGGAUUCUACCUCUCGCACAAGCUCCGGGGGAACCAGCCCUGUGUGUUGCUGGCGGAGCAGGGUCGAGGGCACAGCUUCCUCCUGUACAAGCCCAACAUCGGCAAGCAGGCCCACCCAGAGAGCCCGGACAACCUGCAGCGCCGAUACUACAAGGUCACGCCAGAGGAAGCCAAGGAGUGCUGGGAGAAUCAGUUCAGCUUCUCCUUCAACAAGUGCAGCCAUGCUAACUGGAGUGGGCGCUGCAGGCAGGUGGAGCAGGGUGGUGAGUGCUGGUUGGGCAUGCGUCUGCGUCAGUACCACAUGCUCUGUGGGGCCCUGCUGCGUGUCUGGAAGCGUGUGGCGGAAGUCGUCUCUGACAUCACUUCCUCCAGCAUCCUGCAGAUCGUGCGCCUGAAGACCAAGCAGCGCAACAAGCAAGUGGGUAUAAAGAUCCCGGAGGCGUGUGUGGAGCGGGUGAGGGCGGAGCUGGCCCAGAUGGACGGGGAGGUAAAGCAGGGGAGGAGGGAGCGGGAACAGCGUGCGGAGGAGGGCCGGGCGGCCCAGGCCCAGGCCCAGGCCCAGGCCCAGGCUCAGGCUCAGGCUCAGGCUCAGGCUCAGGCUCAGGCCCAGGCCCAGGCCCAGGCCCAGGCCCUGGAGCUGGAGCUGCAGCAGCAGCUGUUUUACUCUCACUACUUCGCCCCCAACCACCAGAGGGUGCCGCUCGACCUGUCCCGGCCCCCCCAGGGCCCCCCGCCCCCGCUCCUGGACCUGACCACCAGCAGUCCCUCGCUCUCCCCCGACCCCCCGGGGGGCCCUGAGGAGCCCUUCGACCUGGAGUCUCUGAUCGCGCAGUCCAAGCUGGCGUGCCCUCUGACCUCUCACUCUCCGCCCGACGCGUUCUCCGCCCACCACGCCUUCCUGGACUGCCCCUCCCCGCCUGGCCUGCCCCCGGCGUACCAGCUCCCCGCCCCCGCCGUGUCCUCCUCGUCCUCCUCGUCCUCGUCAUCAUCUUCAUCAUCAUCCUCCUCCUCCUCUUCCUCGACCUCCAACGCUGCUCCCCCGCCCCUGGCCCCGCCCCCAGGCUGUUCCCCCUCCUACUUUCCGUACCCGAGUCCCGCCCCCACCGCUGAGCAGCGGCCCCGCCCCCUACCCAACGGCCACUGCGGGGCCGACGCCCUGUUCAACGUGCGGGAGGUGCUGGACAACAUGUUUCGGAACAAUCCGGAACGGCAGUCGGUCAUCCAGUACCGUUUCACCGACUAGAACCUGCUCUCCUGCCCGUACGUCUGCUCCCUGGAGCCCCCACCGCCCCCCUUCCCUGCAUCCCCUGGGGUUCAGAGGGAAGGAGAUUGGGGGCGGACCAGGCCCCACCUCUGCCGCCUGCCAGCUCCACCUAGAUACUUUUAUGACAAACAACAGCAACAAAAAAGCGUCUAAGCUGCAGGCCUCCUCAGGCUUCUGGUCACACUCUGGGCAGAGUGGAUGGUUUUAAUGCCAGCGGCGGCCAUCUUAGGAGGCUCUCCUGCCGGGUUUUAAUGCCAGCGGCGGCCAUCUUAGGAGGCUCUCCUGCCGGGUUUUGAUGCCAGCGGCGGCCAUCUCAGGAGGCUCUGUGCGGCGAGCUGGGAGGGCGCUGACUGAGGCUCAGGCCCGUUUGCCGUUGCGUUGUCCGGGAAAACCUGCCUUGCCACACGCAUCCGUGGUUAACUCGCUCUGCAUCCCGGCUGCUAACGCCAACACCCGACUUUUAAAAUCAGUUUUUUUUUUCUUCGACCUGCUCCCCCCCCCCCCCCCCCACCCAAUAAAAACUAAAGAAACACACUCCCUGUCUCCCAAAGAGAGCUUUAGAAGGACUUGGAAACAAAAUAUUUUAUUUUUGUUUAUAGGAUCCAUAGCCAUAUGUGACUAUUUGUCCUGUCCCCUGAUUGGUGUAAACAAUCACACGGUCUGCUCUGCACCUCUCCAUCGGUGUCGUUCAUUGGCCAGUCACUGGUCCGGGGUCAGACGAGCAGCCGGUAGAGAAGUGGACGAGUCGGUGUCAGGGGUUUGGGGUUUUCAGCGGGGGUUCGGGGGACUCGUGUUGCAUUGUGGGGCGGCAGGACACCACGUCACAGCCGCAGGGAAUCCGCCCUCAUAACCGUGCCUUCAGAAACUGCUGCGAAUAAACGCAGUCUUUCAAAAUAAAUUAAUGAAAAUACUCACAUGUAUAUAUUUAUAUUCAGAGCAGUGGUAUGUUAUUUAUUAUGGAUUAUAUUUAACUUACUCAACCCAUACUUUUUAGUCCUGUAGUGUUGAACUACAAGUAGGGUCACGGGUCAGGUAGCGUUCUAACGAGGUCACAUGAUGUUCUGCCCAUCCCCCAUUGGUUGGUUUCCUGCCCAAUUCCACCAAUCCAAACUGAAUUGCAGCCUAGGCGAAACCAUGGAGCUUAGCUGUUGGAAAAUGUGAUGGACAGUGCUUGUUACUUGUAUUCAUCUUUCGAUAAAAAAUUAAAAAUGAGUUCUUGGUUUCACUCCUUGAUUACAAAUUCUCAGGGAAGUGGGCACAGUGAUUUUUUUUUUUCCGCUGGAUGAUGGGGAAUUGGUUUUUAAUGUUGGAUUUUUGAACCUCCCGGGCUGAAUUCUCACAUAUCAGAAGCACGAGUCCGUAAGCCUCACCCGCAUGCAGUUGGUGAUUUGAGUCGAGCUCGAGACAACGUGGUUUCUCCCAGAUCUAUGCGUUUCCAUAGCAAUAAUAUCUGUGUGACUGUCAAUAAAAAAUAAAAAAAUAAUAAAUGAGACCUUGGGCUCCUGUUCAGUAUGUGUGUGAGAACCAGGUCCUCAGAUCACUGGUUAGCGUUUCCCAUGUGGACUGACCUGCUGUAAAAACGUCAUAAAUACAGAAACAUUUUAACAGGUCCCAUAUUUUUACAUCAAGCCUUGUGUCCUGUGCGCCUGUAAAUAGAAUGGGACGAAAGCAAUUUGUCUUAUCAAUACUAAUAUUGUCGUUUGUAUAAUUAUUAUUGUUGCUAUAAUUAUUUGUUAUUUAUAUUUAAGGGACACUAGUGGAAUUUUUUUUUUUUUUUUUUAAUUAUAAUCCUGUUCUGUAGUUUAGUCAGAUAAAGGUUGUGUCAGGGACUUUUAAUUUACAAACAAAACAAAAAAAAAAGUGUAUCGUAACCUGCCACCAAAUAUAUUGCACUGUUCUUUACUGCUGUGUGGGGUUGGUCUUCUCAUUUUCAUUUUUUCAUUAAAAAAAAAAAAACCAAGAACAUUUUGUAUUUUUUUUUUUUUUUUUUUUUUCUUUUUUUUUUUUUUUUGACCCAGACCCAAGUUCAAUUUUCCGGACUUGUUAUUUCGUUUUUUUUCCAGUCGAAACUUCAUAUUGCAGAGUGCUAACGAAGUGUUCUGUACCUGAAGCUACGCACUGUGUGUGAUUCUCAGGAAGAAGCCUUACCAUGUGACCUGUCUUAGCCAGUCGUUUUACAGCACUGGUCCGGUUGGGUUUUUGCAGCUCAACCAACCAAUGACAACGGUGACAACAAGAGAUCUGCAAAUUCUGUUCUGCUCUUGUCUGGAAAAGCGCUCUUGUUUUUUUCUUACUGGAGGCUUGAUAUUGUGGGCUUUUUUUUUUUUAAAUCAUCUUUUUCCAUCAGGAGUUAUAUUGGUUUUGCCUUCUUAGUGCAAAGCUCAAAAUCUUUUUCAUGAAAAUAACUUUUUUUUACAUUUCUAUUUGUGAGCCUGUUCUCUGCAGUCUUGGGGCAGGUCUGGGCUUUGCACUAAUGCUGCAAAACACUGAUCUAAACCCCAGGUCAAUGGCAGUCGCAGAAGAUAGGGGUGGCUACCUGCAUAUUUACAGCUUAUUGGACCGCAUUAUUUGUUCUUAUGCAGUAUUUUAUCUUUGUCCAAACAGACCUGGACGCAAAUACUUUUCUGCAUUGCCUGGUGUAUUGGAACAAAUGAAAUGAUCCCAAAAAGGUUAAACCCCGCCCAUCUGGCGCUCCCUGCAGGCUCAAACGCACCAGUCCAGAAUGGAAAAUGGAUAUUGUGAAUAUUGUGAAUAUUGUGAGUUAAGUGCACUCAGAAUGGCCGAAAGGAAUAAGCAGUCUGUUUUGUGCCCAUGUUUAACUGACAGCUGUAAGCCCUCAUUUUACCACCUUUUAAAGUUUUAUGUGCAAAAACCAUCUCCAUCCUUCCCUACCCUUGGCAAAUACCGCAUUCAUAUAAAUUAUUGCUAACAGUAAUAAAAAAUACAAAAAAAAAAAAAAAUGCUACUGAUUGUAUUUUAUGGUUUAUUUUUCCUGUAAAACUGUUGAGCUGCACUUUCUGGGGUCGCUUUUGUUUUUCUAUGUAUUUAUAUUUUAGAUCAAAGUGUAUAUAUUGUAAACGAUUGUGCCUUUUGACUAAUUCCUAAAAACAACACACAAAAAAAGUUUUCUAUACAUAACGGAAGGAAAUAUUGUAUUGCAAUCUUGAUUUUGUUGACCGACAAAAUAAAAACUCAAAGAUUGCUGAAAAAGCAUCUGUUGAUUACUUCCUAAA